CGCAUGCAGUAGCAAACUCCAGCGCAUCGGAUUGCAGCGUAGCGCGGCUGCAAAAGUCGACAUGCGCGCCGCGCUUCUGAUUCCUUUCUCGUCUUUUUAAUUUUUAAUUUUUUUUCUGAACUCCUUGAUGUCACUCGCUUGCAGUCAGCCAGUGUAGCCUGCCCGUCUCUGGGCUCUCGAGUCGAGUGUGCGUGCGUGUUUGAGUGUGUGUGCUUUCUUUCUUCUCUUCUUAUUUUUGUUCUCUUUUCAUAUUUUAUUCUCACAGUGCACUCGUUGACUGCCACGCAAUAUACCUGCCGGCCGCUCCAGACUUGGGGGAGCGUGAUGCGAGUGGCCCAGGUCCUUCCAUGUUGACUGGAGCCACCAUCACAGUCUUUAUUCGCCCUCGACAGCGAUAAACUUGUGUUGCCGCGGACCCUUCUUUACGUCAACCUUGCCCUUGCGGGCUUCUUUCCACACCACACACUGAACCGCCUCGCCUCAAAAUUCGAUCCGUUCAGUGCUGAGAUCUGAAUCGUUCGGACCAACAAGAACCAACCAAUACCCUUGCAGUGGUGCGGACGCAUAGUUGUUGGUUAUAAGGCAGAGCUUCGGGAAUUCCGGGCUGCCUACUGGCCGGCCCAGACCCUCCCUGAUCGGUUUACUGGUUUCUCCAACGCCGCAUUGGCUGGCCAUGUGCAUCAACACACUUAUCCAAACAACCCUGCGCGUCGCCUUAUCCGGGAACUGGUUGAUCUCUCCGGGGUGCUGACCAGGCUCUCCAUGGAUUAGUGUGUCGGUAUAUCAUAUCUUUGCCGUCGCGCCCUCCGCCACCACAGCUUUACCUAUUCCUGUCCUUUCCCGACCCCACCGGACACUCUAGUUUUCCACCCCAAGGCCACCACCAUCGUCAAAAAUGAAGCUGUUCAAGGGGGCAUCCGCCUCUCCUGCAAGUCCUGGCCGGUCACGGCCGGGCACAUCAUCCAUCCGUGGUAGGAUCUCGAACCCUAUCCCGAUACCGAGCGCAGCCGACGACGACGAGUUCCCCAUACGAAGGCCAGGCACUGGCUUUGUCGACAAGUCCCCUGAGGAGGAGUUUCCCAUUCGCCAGCUCGGUACUAGUGGAGCCACUCCUAACACAUCUCAGGAGUGGCAGCAGCAGCAGCCGCAGCAACAGCAGCCGCCGUCAGCCCAACCAAAUCAGCAAGACUUCAAGCCCGAGGAUUAUGAUACAACCCCGGAGGAGAGACAUCAACAGCCACUGCAAAGCACAAUUGAUGACAGUCGCCCAGAAAAUGCCUUGAGCGAGGCGCCCGUCGAGGCGCCUCCAACAGAACACCCCCUACCGACACAUGGUCCGGUCACACCCACCGCCCCGAUGGCUCCCGCUCCGCUUCCGGUUGCGGCACCGGCUGUUGCGCCGGAGCCCGCGCCGCCCUCAACACCAAAGCCUACACCGGCGAGGACAAGUCAUCCCUCAGCCAGGGGCUCAGGUAAUUCUCCUGCCAACAGUAAUAGUAACAGCAACAAUAGCAACCGAACACAGUUCCGCAGGACGAACGUGCCAAGCACAGUGCGCUACUCUGCAAUCAGCAAUAACUCUGCAAACACUGGCGCAUUGUCUUCAGAUUCCCGCCCGCAACGGAAAAAGUCGACACUGCGGAAUGCACUGAGCAAGCUGUUUGGGCGCAAAAAGAAAAAGGGCACUGGCACGUCUAGCACGGCGGGCGACAGAGAUCGCACGUCAAGCGUAAUGCCGUCACAGCAUCGUAGUGAUACUUCGGGCCUGGUGCGAGUCAAGGAAACCGAGUCGAAACGAUCUGCGUCCUUGCCUAUCACCGAGUACGAUCGCGCACUACGGUCCCACUCCAUUGGGCCAAACGACUUUUCGACAAUAGAAAACGUCCGCAACUCAAUACACGGCGAUAUGAACACGCCUAGGCGGCGGGCCUUGACGGCCACAGAUAGUAGGCUGUUCGGGACGCCAGCUAAACGAAACGAGCUUGGCGAGUGGGGAGGUCUGUCUCCUCGUCCUGUCAGCGCGCAUGGCCGUGGCCGCGUGUCGGGGGGUGAAGACGAUCCCGAGAUGAUAGGCCGGGCGAUAACUUCCGACAUGGAUACCGGAACCGGAUACAACACCAAGCGAAGAUCGCGGUCGUUAUCAGGUAUCGACGCCCUCGGUGGACACCUCGCCCAUGUUGGUCCCGACGGCACUGUAAACGUAGCCGGAGGCCGCCGGCGCAGUGACGAGAUACGGUACUGGCGCGAAAGCUAUGGGGCCAGCUACCUCUCUCCGUUAUCUUCCACACAUCCUGAGACCGAAGGGGAUCAGAACGAAUACCGCGAUGGGGAUAACGACGACACUGGCGUAAUCUCGGUUGACCCGACCCAGUCGCUGGCUGCACGGCCCGCAACAAGCGCGGCACCGGAUUCGCCUCCACAGCCGUUCAAUUUUGGCUCCUUGGCUACGAUGAACGAAAUGGCUGGUAUGAAGAUCACUCAGGCGGCCAGCCUGGAGGCCAGGGUGAACAACGUUGAAGGCCGGACCGACAGGUUGGAGCGUGUCGUGGAUCAGCUGUGCAAUACCGUUUCUGGUCAGAAAGGCGGCCAUGCUGUACCCGCUGCUGGCUCUAACCAGUUCCCCCGCUCGAAGCAGCCUCAAACUGAUUUCUGGCAGGCGCCUUCAUCAUACCUGCGCGAACCACGAGCAGACCAGUCGUCUUCUAGGUAUACUAGCAGUCGACCAUCGGUAGAGACGGACGGGCUGACAACGCACUCACACAUGUCGUUCGGAGAGGGACAGACGCUUGUCGGCGGCCUUCACCCACCUUCGAAUGCAGCUGCCCAGCCGGGUCUGCCUCCGAUCGCCGCGUCGCCGUCCUCACCUGGCUCAUUGGGAUUUCCACGAGGAUCUAUGUCAACUGUUCGCGGGGCCAUGAGCUUGCCCGCCCUGUCGGUGGCAGCUGCUUCGGAUGCAGCGACGGCUGACUUGGCAGCGCAGCUCGAGGCUGAGCGGGCCGAGAGGUUGGCACUAGAGCUUCAGCUCAAAAAGCUAUCUGAGCGCGUCAAUGUGCUGUCGAGCACCAUGUUCGCAAUGCUGCGGGAUCCGCAGAAGAACCGAUCCCAGGAGCGCCUGACCCCUUCGUCGGGCGCUGGCGAGAACAGGCUGUCGAGGACAUCGUCCAGCAGCCACCUCGUCACGCCCACCAAGGUGGCGCUGCCGCAAUCUGGCAUCGGCAUCAGAAACUCGCCGGCGCCCGUGCCGAUAUUCUUGGAGCCGCCGCCGUCGCUGAACAAGUUCCAGUCGUCCGGCAACACGCUGUCUGGGUUUGAAGACACGGGCGACGAAGAAAGCGACAGGGGCGCCGAGUCGGUGUCCGAGUCGUUCAUGACGCCGAGGGAGGAGUACUCCCCUCACACGUACGGCGCCUUUGGCGAGGAGCUGAGGGACGAGACUGAGGACGAGAUGGACCCGAAGCGUAAGAAGGCCGCCAGGACGCUGAGCCUGAGCCAGCUGACACUGAACAAGGGUCAGAGGGCUGUUGUCUGAAAGGAAUGAUUCGGAUGAUUCUUCAAUUCGUCAACGUCUCUUAAACCCCAUCUGCAUGUGCAUUCCUUGGACUUUUUAGAGUUCUCAUGGAUGGUUUUCAUUAUAUACGAAUUCCCUUUGUCACAUGCGGUCAUCAUUUAUUUUUGGCGUUUUUUUUUUUUUUUUUUUUGUUGAUCAUAUAAUUUUCUUUUGGCUGGAUCUGGUUGAUAUUCCCCCCAAUGCUCAAAAUCUAGCUGGACUUCUUACUUUUUUUUGGCGGUUCCUUUCUUUUGUUUCCAUUUCCCCCCCCCCCCCCCCCCUUGUUGAUCU